CCUAUGGGAUGGGGACUCUUUUCUCCCAGUUGAGAAAACUUAUGAGCCAGCUAGCCAGCCAGCCUUCCUUGUGCCUUUGAUUUCUUGCGAAGAUCUCUUCUUCUUCUUCUUGUUUGGUGGAACUCCCCAUGCCCAUUCCUUCGACUUAUCUUCCACCUUGAUUCCUCGCUCCCAUCUCUCCUCCGCUUCCUCCGCCGCCCCUCCCCCUUCUCGGCGAUCAGGAUCCUUCAUGUUCUUCAGGGAUGGGCAGUGAAGCGGAAGACCCGAAUCACCUCCAGUUCGUCGAGGUCGAUCCCACAGGAAGAUAUGGAAGGUACAACGAGAUCCUAGGCAAGGGCGCUUCCAAGACAGUUUAUAGGGCUUUCGAUGAGUACGAAGGGAUUGAGGUUGCUUGGAACCAAGUGAAGCUGUAUGAUUUCCUGCAGAGCCCCGAGAACCUGGAGAGGCUCUACUGUGAGAUCCACCUCCUCAAGACCUUGAAGCACAGGAACAUUAUGAAGUUCUACACCUCGUGGGUGGACACCGCUGAGAGGAACAUCAAUUUUGUCACUGAGUUGUUCACCUCCGGCACCCUCAGGCAGUAUAGGCAAAAGCACAGAAGGAUUAACAUCAGGGCAGUGAAGCAUUGGUGUAGGCAGAUUAUUAGUGGUCUUCUCUAUCUCCACAGCCAUGAUCCCCCAAUCAUCCAUAGGGACCUCAAGUGUGACAAUAUCUUCAUCAAUGGCAAUCAAGGCGAGGUCAAGAUUGGGGAUCUUGGCCUUGCUGCCAUUCUUCGGAAAUCACACGCUAUCCAUUGCGUAGGCACACCGGAGUUCAUGGCGCCGGAGGUGUAUGAGGAAGAAUACAAUGAACUAGUCGACAUCUAUUCGUUCGGGAUGUGUGUGUUGGAAAUGGUCACCUUUGAGUACCCUUAUAGCGAAUGCACCCACCCUGUGCAAAUUUACAAGAAAGUUGUCUCUGGAAUGAAGCCGGAAGCACUAUACCGUGUUAAAGAUCCUGAGGUCAGGGAAUUCGUUGAAAAAUGCCUUGCGACUGCAUCCGAGAGGCUUUCUGCUAGGGAGCUUCUUGACGAUCCCUUUUUACAAAUUGAUCUUGGUUCGAGUUAUGAGGAGCAAGACAUUGGCUUUCUGCAUCAGAUACUUAGGGAACCUUCCCUUGAACUUAUUCAAAGCAAUGGUUCUUUGAAUGGUAAUUAUUUUUCAAACAAUGUACAACACCAAAUAGAAUUGGAAAAUGGCUGGGAUUACGAUAUCACCGAUAUGGUAGAGCAUGGCAUGAGCCUCUUUGACAAUCGCAAAGAUGAUCAACCUGCGAACAUAGAUAUUACUAUCAAGGGAAAGAGAAAAGAAGACGGGAACAUAUUUCUUAGAUUAAGGAUUUCAGAUAAAGAGGGUUGUGUACGAAAUAUAUAUUUUCUCUUUGACAUUGAGGCCGAUACAGCAUUGAGUGUUGCCACCGAGAUGGUUGCAGAAUUAGAUAUAAUGGAUUAUGAUGUAACUAAAAUAGCUGACAUGAUUGACGGAGAAGUAGCUUCUCUGGUACCGGGAUGGAAGCUAGGUCCUGGCAUAGAAGAAAAUCCAAGAGUUUGCCGCAAAUGCGCGUCUAAUGUUUCUUCGUGUGGUUCAAUGAAAUCUGUCAACUGUUGCCACAUUGAGUGUGCUGAAAUGCAUGGCCGGUUUGAAGAGGUAACCUACCAAGUUGAGGAAACCGAGCUUUGUGUCACAGAGGAAGUGCCUAUGCUAUUCACAAGCCAAUCUGUUGAACUUGAGGAUUGCUCUCUUUCAUUGAGGUUUAAUCACUCUGAUGAAGAAUGUGGACAAUUAGACUCGUUAGGGAAGGGGGAAAAGGUCAUACACAUGGAUGAUUGCUCAAGAAGUGAAUCCAAGAAGACUUUGCAGCAGUAUCUUGAUUCGCCCGAGUUUGAUUACCAGUUUACUGCACCCAAUGAACUAGAUGCUUCUUUGAAUGGCAUUGGUCAAGACCUGAAAUGGUUAGAGGCAAACUACGUGAUAGAGUCACAACGAGCAUCCAAAAGAGGGCCACGACCAUCCCCUGACUCUACGAACAAGGCGAGAGGCAAACAAAACGGCUUUGUAGGUUCUUCAGAAGAAAUAAUGCAUAUGAAGUCCUUUCAUCUGGGGAAGAGAUACUCGUUCCACAUACCUCAGAGCGAUACUGAUGAACCCUGCAGUCUUAAGAUGACUUCUUCUGAUUCAAGACAUUGCAGUUUGCAAUCGCACAGAGAUCAAAAUCGUGUUAUGAACUCUCCUGACAGUCCUGAGCAGAUGUUCACUGCAAAUAACUUCUACUCUGGAUCUGCAAGUGCGCACACCAGGACAAAGUCUCUACCUAUCGCUUAACAUCUGCAAAUUGUACAGCACAACGUUCCACUGCUUAUCAAGAUUUUCAACUGCCUUACUGUACAGGGACCAUGAGAUGAAUGGAAAUGUAUCGUUCUAUGUGUAUUCUUUUAUCCUAUUAGGACUGGCGAAGAUUGUAAUCUUUAGUCAGGUAUAGUACAAAAGCUACUUAUGAGAAGCAUUCGACAUCGAUCAAUGUUUACAUUUCAAAAUUCAGAAUGAAUUCAAUAUGCUCCUAUCAAGUUCUCAAAUAUAUGUUUUUGAGUCAGUAUAACACAGACUCUGCCAGCAUCUGUGGAGAUUUCAUUUUGAGUUGUGCAGCUCCUAAAAAGACAGCUACUCGUAGAAACAAGAUGUUGAAAGUCAUAGUAAGCAAAGUGAUGUAUGCUGAAUAAAAGAUGAGGAAGUGGAAGGAAAGUGACAGAUAAAGAGGCUCACAAUUGAAAGUGACAACAACUUUUUUUGUAAAAGUGGCUUUAUGAUGUGGUGAUGACGAGCAUUAACUUAAAUUGGAGUGGCAGAUAGCAGAGGAGAAGGUAAGGAAGGCCAAAUGAAUCUUGUGUUAUAAUUCAAAGACUUCUUGAUAUAAAGCAAGCAAUUAUUCAGAUACUAAACUGUUCA